AUGGCGACCUCCGGGAGCGAUCCCCAGUGGCCGAAGUUUAGCUCUCUCCAGAGAACCUCGAGCAGUUCACGAAGUGGAGCCCAGUCUAUACUGUCGCGCUCAGAAAGACAGCCAUGGUCUUCAUUUCCCAUGGGGCAGAGACCGAAAAUUACCUACAGAGACUCCUCCUCCUACCUGCUCCAGGAGCUCAUUCACCGGUGUCAGGAGUCAGACACAGACGUACAGAUAUACGAGGACAAGGAAGACGAGCUAGAGGUAGAAGACGAAGUGGAAUCCGAGGAGUCCUCAGAGUCCGAGAUGCUGAAUUUGGAGGAGGAGUUUGACGGGGUCCUGAGAGAGGACAUGGUGGCUGAGGCGCUGUCCCGGUUGGGGCGCUCCGGUUCCGGGACCGAGCAGGUCUACCUCGACCUGACUUUGUCGGGUCAGGACCUGGUCGACGUCAGCAUCCUCUGUGGGUACGUGCACCUGCAGAAGCUGGACCUCUCGGUGAAUAAAAUUGCAGAUUUGUCUUGUGUGAGUUGUAUGCCUUAUCUUCUAGAACUUAAUGCUUCUCAAAAUAAACUGACUGCAUUCUUCAAUUUCACGCCACCCAAAAAUCUCAAGAAGGCCGAUUUUUCCAGCAACCAAAUUUCUGAAAUGGGCAAUUUGUCGGCAUACGAGGCUCUCACGACACUAAUUUUGGACAGCAACGAGGUAGAAGAGAUCUGUGGGCUGGAGCUGUGCAGCAGCCUGACCCGCCUCAGCCUGGCCCACAACAAGAUCGCGACGAUCAGCGCCCUGGAGGUGUUACCCAUCAAAAUACUGUGCCUGAGCCAUAACCGGAUUGAGACGAUCACGGGCCUGGAUGAACUGAAAUUCCUCCAGAUUGUGGACUUGUCCCACAAUCAGAUCAGCAGCCUCCAGGGCCUGGAGAGCCACGACUUCCUGGAAGUGAUCAACCUCGAGGACAACAAGAUUGCUGAGCUGAGUGAAAUAGAAUACAUCGAAAAUCUACCUCUCCUUCGAGUUCUCAAUCUUCUAAGAAAUCCGAUUCAGGAAAAAUCCGAAUAUUGGUUCUUCGUCAUUUUUAUGCUGCCACGAUUAACAGAACUGGAUGAGAAGAAGAUUAAAGUGGAAGAAAAGGUUACAGCAAUGAAUAAAUACAACCCUCCCCCGGAAGUGGUCGCGACCCAAGAUCACCUGAUGCACGUCGUCCACAGCAUGAUGCAGCCGCAGAGGAUCUUUGACAGCACCCUGCCCAGCCUGGACGCCCCGUACCCCAUGUUGGUGUUAUCUGGCCCGGAAGCCUGCGGGAAGCGGGAGCUCGCCCACCGCCUCUGCAGGCAGUUCAGCACCUACUUCAGAUACGGGGCCUGUCACACCACCAGACCCCCUUACUUUGGAGAAGGGGACCGAGUCGAUUACCAUUUUAUCUCACAGGAAGUUUUCAGCGAAAUGGUAAACAUGGGCAAAUUCAUUCUAACAUAUAAUUAUGGCAACCACAGUUAUGGAUUAAAUAGGGACACCAUAGAAGCUAUUGCAAGAGACGGUUUAGCAAGCUGUGUUCACAUGGAAAUAGAAGGUGUGAGAAGUUUGAAGUAUGCCUAUUUUGAGCCUCGAUAUAUCCUGGUGGUGCCCAUGGACAAGAAGAAAUACGAGGGAUACUUACGGAGAAAAGGAUUAUUCAGUCGUGCCGAGAUUGAAUUUGCUGUUUCCAGAGUGGACCCUUAUAUUAAAGUUAAUCAGGAAUCUCCAGGAUAUUUUGAUGCAGUAAUCAAUGCAGAUGACCUGGAUGUUGCCUACCAACAGCUGAGUCAGCUCGUUAAAGAAUACCUCGGAUUACGCAAGGAACCUGCCAAGACUUUGGCUCCAGUUGCAGCAGGGGACCCCUCUAACAAGAAGACGCCCUCUGGGGUACCAGCGCACCUGGUUCCUUCCCCGAGGCGCCUGGCAAAACUGCAAGCAGAUGGCCGGAUACCAGAGCAUCUCUCUGGGAUGCAGGUGUAUGCACAGGUCUCCGAGAGCCAGACCCUGGCUCCCUCCCAGAACCAGGAGCUGACGCAGGAGGGGGCAGCCCCUCCCAAAGAGCCUUCUCCCGACAGUCACAUCACUGCUGAGCCUCCUGCACAGCCCAGUUCCUCAGCUCUCAGUACUUCCCACAAGGCCCAGGACUCAGCCCCAAACGAGAAGGCAGGGGAUGCUGUCCCUGAAAGUGAGGCCAGGACCUCCAAGACAGUAGCAGGUGAAGAAGGACAGGCAUCCACUGGGCACCCGGACCCACCUCCAGUCCACAGCCCUCCGCAGGGACGAGAUGAGGAAUCAGGGGAGGUCGGGGAAACCGCCCCCGCCCCACCCCCUUCUGAACCUCUGCAGGGGACUGGCCCCACGUCCCUCAGCCCCCAGAAAACCCAGGAUGAGGAGACCGAGUCAGCCAGCCUGCUGCCGCCAAGAGAGCGUCCGGACCCUGAUGGGGCCGAGAUGCCUGGACCACCUCUGGGAGAUUCCCAGCACCCUCUGGAGGAGGGAAGCCCCAAAACCGCAGGCACCAGGGUCACCACUCCUUACCCAGCACUGCCGAACCCCCAAGACCCAACAAAGAGCAAACAGACCCAGGACAGGGAAGACCCAGCGAGUUCGCUUUCCAGAAGCCGGCUGGCUCCCACCAGGCUGCCCCAGCCUCGGGUCCUUGCCCCCCUCCAGAGCCGGAGACCCACCCCCAAACUCCCCUCACCCAGCAGGGAGGAGGCUCCAGAAACAGCCUCAGAUCAAACCAUGAGGCCCUCUCCGAGGCCUCCGCCAACUCAGGAAGGCGACCCCGGCAAACUGCCUCUCAUCAGCCCUCCGCAUCCCAAACCACCACCCCACCCGAGCGCCCAUCUGGGCCACAGUCCCCAGCACAUCCAGGGAGAGACGGCCCAGGAGGUGAAACUCCCUCUGAUCAGCCCCCCCACGCAGGAGCCCGCCCCGCAGCCGGCCCCUGCCCCUGCCCUACCGCCGGAGGAGGGCGCUCCGGGGGUCAGGCUCCCUCGCCUGCCCUCGCCCUCCGUGGAACGGCCGCCACCUCGGAACUCCAGGGCGCGACAGGAGGCAGGGCCUGCAAGGAAGAGGCCAGCACCCAAAGCAGGCCGCGCCUCCAGCAAGAAGGUUCCAGAGAUGCAGCCCUCACCCCCAAAGCAAGAGCCGGUGCGGCAGGUGGGAGCUGGGGAAAAAAAACUUCCUGUGCAAAGGGAGACCCCUAAAGGACCAGCGCACCUGGAACAGGUGCCGCCUGGAAGCCACCAGACGGCCUUGCAGCCGCCGUCCCAGAGUGGAGCCACUCUCCCAAAGGGGGCUGCCCACCCAAGCCCCAGCCCCGCUCAGGGGAACCCGAGAAGCCAAGGCCACACCCCAGAAAUUCCUGAGCCACUCCACGCGGAACCUAGGGGUCCCCAAACUCGGGAAGAGGAAAAGGAGAAAGCACAAUAUUCCAGAAAAAAGGCCCAUGCCAACCUCCCCCCAGACGGCCUGGUUCAGAAGGCACCUGUGCCCCAAAAAGGGCCAUCUUUGAAAAGAGAGCGUCCUGUGGGAUUAUCUCAAGAAAGUAAAACCACCCUCAGCAGGCACCAGCCAUCUCAGGAGGGUGAAGGUGCUCAUGGGAGAACACUCCAGAACGCAAAGGCCUCCGCAGAGUCUGCACCGGCUGGUCCCGCUCUCACGGAGCAGCGUCUGAGGAGAAAAGCAGAGGCUCAGGAAAGGGGCCAGCGGUCUCAGGAGACAAGGCCUGCCGCAGACCUCCUGGGGCAGGACGGCGCGGCCCCCUCCCAGCAGCCUGUCGGGGAGACCAGUCAGGCCAGAGAGAGCUCUGUGCACAGACACAGUGCUUCCAAGCAGCAAACCAAAGAGAAACGCACCCGAAAACCUGGGGGAGCCCCACAGGGGAAAAGUCCCACUGCGCCCCAGGAUAUUAAGCCAGUUCAGCUGAAAUUUCUAAGGUCGUCUAAGAAGUGUAGUUCCGUGGAUUCUACAGACAGAAACUACUUGAUGAAAUUAUGGACCAAACUGUCAUCCAAAAAAACACCGGCGGAAAAGAAGUCUUUGGAGAGGCAGCGUGAGGCAGCCCGGCAGGCCCUCCUGGGAAAGACGCCUCCUCAUCACACGCUCCUGUUCCAAAGGGGCUCAGUACCAGCACCCACCAAUGGUGUACAUCAUUUCCUAACUUUAGAACAACAGAAAAGUUUGGAAAUUUGUGAAGAAGAGUUUUUGAGAACCCUCUUUCGGGCACAUCCUGAAAAGAGCAGAAAGGGUUCCCUCGGCGUCAAGCCUGCACUGUUCCAGCCUUACCUGUGGUCGAAAGACCCGGCUUCCGAGUCCUCCAAGAGCAGUGUCUACUCGCACCCAGAAUCAGACACAAGUGACAGCAGGAAGGACCAGGCCCUAAAAGCACUACAUAAAUCGACACUUCCUUGUGAAAAGGGGUCUCUCCUACACAGACGACACACGUUGACAGUCAUCAGUCGCCCAGGCUUCAACAUCAAACCCACCCUCCCUCCAAUCCCUCAGGGCCGCAAGUAUACCAGUGCUUGA